UUUCGUAAUUACAGGCUAGAAAAUGGUUGUUAGCUGAUGACGAUUCUCUAACCUAAAGUAACGGUCACGAUGAAAAGCGAACACGUAUAUACGUGAAAUUAUAAAAUAAAUAACUGCCUCGAUCACGCCGGAUUUCAUACGAGACUUAACAGUAACGUUAUCCUUCUUUCUUUUAGAAAUAUCCUCGUAGAUAAGCCAUCGGAUCAGACAUCACGCUGGUCUUCCGAUAUUGACAAUCAUCCACAGUUUCUUAUAUUGAAAUUGCAAUGCCCCUCAAUUGUGAAAACAAUUACGUUUGGUAAAUAUGAGAAAACGCACGUGUGUAAUAUAAAAAAGUUUAAAGUGUACGGUAGCCUAGAAGCAGAAAAUAUGAUGGAGCUCUUAGAAAGUGGAUUAAAGAAUGACUCUACGUCAGAAACAUUUGAAUUGAAACAUACGUUAGGAAACGAAGAGAAUUACUUCCCAAUUAAAUAUAUAAAGAUUCUUCCAUUACAAUCUUGGGGACCCAGUUUUCAUUUCUCUAUUUGGCAUGUACGAUUAACUGGUAUCGACAAUCCUAAAAUUAUCAAGCCUUAUAUCGAAUGGUUCAAUCUGUAUCGUCAAAAAGAAGUUAUAAGACUAUGUAUGAAACACUUCAGGAGACUCGAGCAACCAGAAAUUGUAGAAACUCUACAGAGAGUCACUGGGGUUCCAUUGGAAGAUCCCAGAAUGACAGGAUUGUAUGAUUUAUUAGUUACAAAGGGUGAUCAUCUGCAAGCCGAACGUUUCAUAAGUAACGCUGUUAUGAUGGGUCUUUUGAACGACUAUAUCAAUGCUCAGACUUAUAGAGCAGUUUGGACGAAAUUGUCGACUAAUGAUCCUAAGCCUGGAAUGAGAGGCGGUCAUCAAAUGGUACUUGAUCCAUCUGCAGAACUUGUUUACCUCUUUGGUGGAUGGGAUGGAAAUCAAGACCUAUCGGAUUUAUGGGCAUACAGUAUAGCUUCUAAUAAAUGGACCAUCAUAUGUAAGGAUACUGAAACUGUGGGUGGUCCAAGCGCAAGAUCUUGUCAUAAAAUGUGCCUUGAUCCAGAACGUAGACAACUUUUUACCUUUGGUAGAUACCUAGACACGCAAUAUAGAAUACCGGAAAACUUGAAAAGUGAUUUUUUCGUUUAUGAUAUUGAAUCGGAUCAUUGGACACAAAUCUCAGAAGAUACAGGAGCUGUAGGAGGGCCCCAAUUAAUUUUUGAUCAUCAGAUGUCUAUGGAUAUUGAAAAGCGAACCAUUUACAUUUUUGGUGGCCGCGUACUUGUUUCCCCGACAAAUUCCGACGAGCACGGUAUGGUACCAGGCACAACCGAACCAAUUUUUUCUGGACUGUAUUCCUAUCAUGUGCCAACUGGUACAUGGAAUAGACUUGCCUGCGAUAUUGCGAGAACAUGCCCUACUAAUGUACCAACGAUUAGAUCUAGAGCCGGACAUUCUAUGUUAUUCCAUCCGGGAUUGAGGAAACUGUAUAUUUUUGCGGGUCAAAGGGGCAAGGAAUACCUUAGUGACUUUUUCACAUACGAAAUUGAUACAAAUCACAUAGAGCACAUAAGCUUCAAUGAUUUUAGUACAAAAGAUUCGAAUCACGUUCCAGCAGUCGGUUAUACACAAAGAGCGACGAUCGAUCCCGAAUUAGGAGAAAUUUACGUUUUAUCGGGUUUAAGCAAAGACAAAGAUAAACGAGACGAUAACGUACAACAUUCGUUUUGGGUUUACAAUAUUAAGAACAAUAAGUGGUCUUGCAUUUAUCGAAACGAGAACGUUGGCGAGAAAUAUUGGAACAAAAUGCAAGAUUACGAACCGUGCCCACGAUUCGCUCAUCAAUUAGUUUACGAUCACGCGAAGAAGGUUCAUUACUUGUUUGGUGGAAAUCCUGGCAGGUCCCGUCUUCGAAACUUACGGCUCGAUGAUUUCUGGCAACUAAAGUUAUGUAGACCCUCUCAUGAACAAAUUCUAAAAAGAUGCAAACUACUUAUUAGAAAGCACAAGUUUGAAGAGCUAGCAUUGAACAACAGCGUCGAAGCGCUCGAGUAUUUACAGACGAAAGUGUCGGAGAUUAUCGAUCAUAACGAUGUGGAACAGACAAAAGAGUUUCAAUUGUUAACGUCUAUUCUAUUCAGAGAACAAAACUCUUUAUUAGGAGAAGCCACAAAUUCGAACAGUUCGGGCAGCGUGAUAGGAAAUUUAGUUAACAUCGGUACGUCGUUGUACUGUCCAACUACGCGUGAUAUUCACACAUUAAGAACUGAAUUGUACGAUAAGCUAACAGAAUUCUUUCCGGAGUCAUUGACGCAACCGCGUGCUAAUUUGAUCUAUCUUUUACCGUUAUGAUCCAACAGUAACUAAAAAAAAUCCAAUAGAGUAAUGCCUGAAAAUAAAAAGCAAAGAGAUUCCUUUUGUUUUCUUGCAAAGAUAUUUACUAUGAUAUUGAAACGUGAUUUUAUCUUUAAAAAGGAAACGUUAUUUUUAUAUAGUGUACUUGUUUGUAUCGUUUUAAAAAGGAAGAUUUACA